CUCCUUCCCUCGCAUCUCCUUCCCUAGGGCUACUACCAAGUUACGCCAGCACCGCCUUGACGUGUGACGCACCCUCUCUGCAGUUGCCUUUCCCAGGUUUCGCUUUUCCAACUUCCACCUCAACCUCGCUCAUUCGAGGCGACAAUCCUCCAACACGCGCGCGCGCUCCCCUCCGCCCCCUCAUUACGGCCUCACAAUGGGCUACCCCGGCACUUUGGAGCGCGGCGCGGCGCCGCACGAGGGCAUGUCGGCCAGCCGCUACGCGGCGACGCGCAUCUCGUCAUUGAAGCCGCCCAUGCUGUCGGUGCCGAACCCGUGGAAGUUGGUCCGCAUGCUCAACCGCCAGCAGUGGGCCUUUUUCUGCCUCGCUUUCUGGGCCUGGACAUGGGACGCCUUCGACUUCUUCACCGUCUCCCUUACCGUGAGCGGCCUGGCCAAGACGUUUGACAGGUCCAAGACGGACAUCACUUGGGGCAUCACCCUCGUCCUCAUGUUCCGCUCCGUCGGCUCCAUUCUCUUUGGUGUCGCCGCCGAUCGCUAUGGCCGCAAGUGGCCCUUCAUUGUCAACAAUGCGCUCUUUGUCGCGCUGGAGCUGGGAACCGGCUUCUGCCAGACAUAUUCGCAAUUUCUUGCCUGCCGCGCGCUAUUUGGCAUCGCCAUGGGCGGCCUGUACGGCAAUGCCGCCGCGACGGCUCUGGAGGACCUGCCCGAGGAGGCGCGAGGUCUCAUGAGUGGCAUCUUGCAGCAGGGUUACGCCUUUGGGUAUCUCCUUUGCGCUGCAUUUGCGCGCGGCCUCGUCAACACCACGUCGCAUGACUGGCGGCCCCUGUACUGGUUCGGUGCCUGCCCUCCAGUCAUCUUCAUCAUCUGGCGUCUCUUCCUCCCCGAGACAAACAACUUUCGGGAGCGUCAGCGCCUUCGCGCCGAGGCCGGCGUCGUUGCGGCCGGUACUAAGUCAGCCAGCUCCGUCUUCCUCAGUGAGGGCAAGGUGGCGCUCGUGCGCCACUGGCUACUUCUCACCUACCUGGUCCUUCUUAUGGCGGGCUUCAAUUUCAUGAGCCACGGCAGCCAGGAUCUGUACCCGACGAUGCUCGAAAACCAGCUCGGCUUCAGCGCCACCCAGGUCACCGUGACGCAGGUCGUCUCCAACCUCGGCGCCAUGACUGGCGGCACCGUCAUCGGUUUCUCGAGCCAGUCGAUUGGCCGUCGCUUUAGCAUCAUCAUAUGCUGCAUCGUCGGCGGUGCGCUGCUGUAUCCCUACAGCUUUGUCACGACACCUGCCAUCAUGGCGCCCGCCUUCUUUCAGCAGUUUUGCGUGCAGGGCGCCUGGGGUGUCAUCCCAAUUCACCUCAUGGAGCUGUCGCCCGGCGCGUUCCGCACAUUUGUCGUCGGCACUGCGUACCAGCUCGGCAAUCUCGUGUCGUCCGCGUCGUCGACCAUCGAGGCCCGCAUUGGCGAGCGCUUCCCGCUGCCUCCCACCGAGGAGGGUGUCAAGCGCUACGAGUACGGCAAGGUCAUCUGCAUCUUCAUGGCCUGUGUCUACGUCUACGUCAUCAUCCUCACCCUGGUCGGCCCGGAGCACCUCAACCGCAAGUUCGACGUGGCACACGACCUCGACGCAAAGGCUGCCGUUGGUGCCGACGCCAUCGAGAACACGACGGGCGUGCGCGAUGACCACUAUUACGACCCCAACGAAAAGGCGCGCGAAAUUGAGCAGGACGAGGAGAAGCGCGGCUCGAGGCAAAUUUAGGCUGAAGCAGCAAAUCAAUUGAAACUAGGAUAAGGGACGAAUUAAAACUUGUAGUUUCUCGAACUCGAGACUCACGUCGACGCUUUACUUAAAGCCGAGCUUGAUGUUCCAGCCCG